CAGCAUAGAUAAACCGCGAAUCGUUCACAUUAACUAAUUGUGUUGCUUUCGUUUGUCACCACUUCACAUUAUCGCUCGCGCUAGUAGAUCGACGGCGCCAUGCCACCUCGCAAAAAGCCAAAGAGCGCUAAAACCGCUGACGACGCAAAGGCCGAGGCUGGACCCUCGACGUCUGAAAACGAAGAAGAGGAGCUGCGGCCCACAUCUCCCCGCACCCGCAGCCGCAGCCAAAAAAUGGAUGUCACCGCGGCUGACGGUGACGCGCCGGUGAGCGCGGAGGCCAAGCAGCGGCGGAAUGCCCGCCGCAAGUACGGCGGUGGCGGUGCGGCGUCCGCGGAUGUGGGCAUGGAUGCGGGCGUAGGUGCACAGCUGACGGGCUUGCCGCCCAAGCCUCGUGGCCGGGGUCCAAACUCCAGUGCGGCGGACAGCGACUCCAUUAUGGAGGCCGUCGUCAAGGUGUUUUGCAUGCACACGGAGCCCAACUACUCGCUCCCCUGGCAGCGCAAGCGGCAGUACAGCAGCUCCUCCUCCGGCUUCCUGUUGCCCGGUCGCCGCAUCCUCACCAACGCGCAUUGCGUCGACCACUACACGCAGGUUAAAGUGAAGCGGCGGGGCUCGGACGUGAAGCACGUGGCGUCGGUGCUCUCGGUGGGGACGGAGUGCGAUAUCGCUCUGCUAACCGUGGAGGAUGACGCGUUCUGGGAGGGGGUGGAGCCGGUGACAUUCGGCCAGCUGCCGCAGCUACAGGACGCAGUGACUGUCGUUGGCUAUCCCAUUGGCGGUGACACGAUGUCGGUGACGUCGGGGGUGGUGAGCCGCAUCGAGGUGACAGCCUACAUGCACGGCUCCUCGGAGCUGCUGGGCAUUCAGAUUGAUGCGGCGAUUAACUCGGGCAACAGCGGCGGCCCCGCCUUCAACGAGGCGGGCGAGUGCGUGGGGAUCGCCUUCCAGUCACUCAAGCACGAGGACGCGGAGAACAUUGGAUACAUCAUCCCCACCCCGGUGGUGGAGCACUUCCUGGCCGACUACGAGCGCCACGGCCGCUAUACGGGCUUCCCCUCCCUGGGCGUGGAGUGGCAGAAGCUGGAGAACCCCGACCUGCGCACGGCGCUCAAGAUGCAGGCGGGUCAGAAGGGCGUGUUGAUCCGGCGCGUGGAGCCCACCUCGGCGGUGUCGGCGGUGCUGCGGCAGAACGACGUGCUGCUCUCCUUCGACGGGGUGGCCAUCGCUAACGACGGCACGGUGCCCUUCCGUUCCGGCGAGCGCAUCUCCUUCUCAUACCUGGUGAGCACCAAGUACUCGGACGAGGAGGCGGAGCUGGUGGUGCUGCAGGACGGCGCCAAGAAGACGUUCCGGGUCAGCCUGCGGGCGCCGGUGCGACUGGUGCCGUUCCACACGCGCGGCCUGCCGCCCUCGUACUUUAUCGUGGCAGGGCUGGUGUUCACAACCGUCUCCGUGCCCUACCUGCGCAGCGAGUACGGGAAAGAGUACGACUUCGACGCACCCGUCAAGCUCUUGGAGAAGAUGAUGCACGGCAUGGCGUCGCAACCGGAUGAACAGGUGGUGGUGCUGAGCCAGGUGUUGGCGGCUGAGGUGAACGUGGGGUACGAGGAGCUGCAGAACACGCAGGUUCUGGCUCUCAACGGCUCGCGCAUCACCAACCUGGCGGACCUGGUGGCUCGGGUGGACGCGUGCAGCGAGCCCUUCAUCUGCCUGGACCUCGAGUACAACCAAAAGGUUGUGCUGGACACGUCCAAGGCCAAGGCGGCCACCCCGGAGAUCCUCGCGGUCCACUGCAUCAGCCAGGACCGCUCUCCAGACCUGACCACGAAGGCUGUGGAGAAUGGGGCUGCUGCCCCCUCCACAUCGAAAGUGGCCGUCAGCGGAGGAAAGAGCGGGAAGGGACGCCGGCGAUCUUAAUGCUGCCUUGGGGGGUGGUCAUCACUUGGAUUGGGAACAGUGGAGGGGGCAUGUACAUAUGACGCACUGUUGUGAAGCAGUUUCGUGACGGAAAGCCGGACUCUUGUUAUACUGUGCUGUGCUUAACAAUGUCUAACUGCUGUGUUUGGACGGAUGGGUGAUGCAAGGAUAUGGACGAUGUGGAAGUAGACGCUUGAGAAACUUUGACAUCGUUACAAGUGACAUAUGUACAUCUGUAUGUCGGGACAUCUCAUCCCCAUAUUAUGUCCAUUUUGGAUUAUUAAACAGUUAUAUGACACAGUUAUGUACACAAAAUUGGUGUAAGGGAUAGCGGUGCUAUGGCCAGCUAUGGCUG